AUGUUAUUUUUAAAUGAUCAUAAUUCAAUAACAUGGUGUUUACUAUAUGAUAUAUCCAAUCGUAAUUAUGAUCAUUAUCGUAAUUCAAUUGUUCAUGUACAAAAUGUAGAUAUGAUUAAAACAGUGAUCAGAACGUUCAAUAAUUGUUAUGAAUUCAAUGAAUCUAUGCUAAAUUCAUCGCCUAGAAUCAUACAUGAUUGUUUAGCAAGAAUAUUGAAAAAAAAUCCAAAAAAUUUUAUUGAUAAAUUAAUCAUUCAGCUAAUGUUGGAUAUCGAUAUUUAUAAGUUUGAAAAAUUACAAUUACAAGUAUUCAGCUAUGCCGGUUUAAAGCAACGAAUGGCAUUAGUAAUGACAAUGUUUUUAUUAAAUUGUUUGGAUGUAUUUUUGUUUAUAUUGGUUAUAUCGACUACAUUAAAUUUUGCCUGUUUAAAAUAUUUUAAUUUUAUUCGUAUUCAUAUGUGGAAUUUAUGGCCAUUAGCAUUAUUUGAUUGUAUUAAUCAUAUUUAUUCUGGUUAUAUGUUAAUUAGAAAUUGUACACUUUAUUUUAAUUUUUCUACAAUUGGUUUUGUAUUUUAUUCAUCACAAAUGAAUAGCUUGAAUAAAAAACUUCGAAAGAUUUUCGAAAAUAGUAGACAUAUGAUAAAUUCUCGAUUGAAUUAUUUACGUCUAAUGGUAUGGCGUCAAUUUCAACGACAACAUCAACAUAUGACAUAUUGUAUAAUGUAUAGUGGUUUGGAUAUUUGGAACGAUGUAUUCGUAAUUGGUUUACCUGCAAAUAUACCAUUGAAUAUAAUGUUUAUCUAUUAUAUUGUAUUCGAUCAACGUAAUGAAAAAUUAUUAUAUGUUUUAUUUUUAUUUUUACAAAUAACAAUAUUACCGGCAAUUAUACAUUUGNAUGAUAAAUUCUCGAUUGAAUUAUUUACGUCUAAUGGAUUCCUCAUAUUUCAGAUGUUUAUUCUAUCCAAUGUUAUUUAUGUUGCAUCAUUAUUGAAUUUUUAUUUCCAUCAAUUUAAACGACAAUUACCAAUCAUACAAUCAUGUAUGAAAAAACCACCAUCAAUUAAAUGGCAGGUAAAUGAAUUUUAUGAACGUUUAACAAACACCGAUACUGGUUUUGGAUUUUAUUGUGGUCGUAUUGCACUUAUUAAUUAUCAUAAUUCAUUUCAGGUAAUGUAA